GAGAGGAGGAAGCGGCGCUCUUAGGGAUGCAAGGAUGUAGAGAUGCAAAGCAAUAGAGGAGGCCGCCUUAAAGAGGUGGCGAGAGACCGGCCAAGGCUCUGGCCAAGGAAGGGCGCAUGGAGAGGCGUGCGGCACGACCAUCCGGGUGCUGGCCAUUCAGGCCCGAAAGCGGAGGCCGAAAAGAGAGAAACAUCCGAAAAAAAAUCAAGCAGAAGAUUGAGCUGCUGAUGUCAGUUAACUCUGAGAAGUCGUCCUCUUCAGAAAGGCCGGAGCCUCAACAGAAAGCUCCCUUAGUUCCUCCUCCUCCGCCACCACCACCGCCACCACCACUGCCAGACCCCGCACCCCCAGAGCCAGAGGAGGAGAUUCUGGGGUCAGAUGAUGAGGAGCAGGAGGACCCCGCAGAUUACUGCAAAGGUGGCUAUCAUCCGGUGAAAAUUGGAGAUCUCUUCAAUGGUCGAUAUCAUGUCAUUAGGAAGCUAGGAUGGGGGCACUUUUCUACUGUAUGGCUGUGCUGGGAUAUGCAAGGGAAGAGAUUCGUUGCGAUGAAAGUUGUAAAAAGUGCCCAGCAUUAUACAGAGACAGCCUUGGAUGAAAUCAAACUGCUCAAAUGCGUUCGAGAAAGUGACCCCAGUGACCCAAACAAAGACAUGGUAGUUCAGCUAAUUGAUGACUUCAAGAUCUCAGGCAUGAAUGGGAUACAUGUCUGCAUGGUCUUUGAAGUACUUGGUCACCAUCUCCUCAAAUGGAUCAUCAAAUCCAACUAUCAAGGCCUCCCAGUUCGUUGUGUGAAGAGUAUCAUUCGACAGGUCCUUCAAGGGUUGGAUUACCUACACAGUAAGUGCAAGAUAAUCCACACUGACAUAAAGCCGGAGAACAUCCUGAUGUGCGUGGAUGGUGCUUACGUGAGAAGAAUGGCGGCCGAAGCCACCGAGUGGCAGAAAGCAGGUGCUCCUCCUCCUUCUGGGUCUGCAGUGAGUACGGCUCCACAGCAAAAACCUAUAGGAAAAAUAUCUAAAAACAAAAAGAAAAAGCUGAAAAAGAAACAGAAGAGACAGGCUGAGUUGCUGGAGAAACGCCUACAGGAGAUUGAGGAAUUGGAGCGAGAAGCCGAAAGGAAAACCCUAGAGGAGAACAUCACCUCUGCAGAAGCUUCCGGUGAGCAGGAUGGAGAAUACCAGCCGGAGGUGAAACUAAAAGCAGCCGACUUAGAGGACACAGCUGAGGAAGAGACAGCAAAGGAUAAUGGUGAAGUUGAAGACCAGGAAGAGAAAGAAGAUGCAGAGAAGGAAAACGCGGAGAAGGAUGAAGAUGAUGUUGAACAGGAACUUGCAAACAUAGACCCUACCUGGAUGGAGUCCCCGAAGGCCAAUGGCCAUAUUGAAAAUGGCCCAUUUUCACUGGAGCCGCAGCUGGAGGAUGACGAGGAUGAUGAAGAUGACUGUGCAAAUCCUGAGGAGUAUAACCUGGACGAGCCAAAUGCAGAGAGCGAUUACACGUAUAGCAGCUCCUAUGAACAAUUCAAUGGUGAAUUGCCAAAUGGACAACAUAAGAGUUCAGAGUUUCCCGCACCGUUGUUUUCUGGGCCCUUAGAACCUGUGGCCUGUGGCUCUGUGAUUUCAGAGGGCUCACCACUUACCGAGCAGGAGGAAAGCAGUCCCUCCCAUGACAGAAGCAGGACAGUUUCAGCCUCUAGUACUGGAGAUUUGCCAAAAACAAAAACCCGGGCAGCUGACCUGUUGGUGAACCCUCUGGAUCCACGGAAUGCAGAUAAAAUUAGAGUAAAAAUUGCUGACCUGGGAAAUGCUUGUUGGGUGCAUAAACAUUUCACAGAGGAUAUCCAGACGCGUCAGUACAGGUCCAUAGAGGUUUUGAUAGGGGCAGGCUACAGCACACCUGCAGACAUUUGGAGCACAGCAUGCAUGGCUUUUGAGCUCGCCACAGGAGACUAUUUGUUCGAACCGCAUUCUGGGGAAGACUAUUCCAGAGAUGAAGACCACAUAGCCCACAUCAUAGAGCUUCUAGGCAGUAUCCCAAGGCACUUUGCUCUGUCUGGAAAAUAUUCUCGGGAAUUCUUCAAUCGCAGAGAUCACAUAGCAUUGAUCAUUGAACUGCUGGGGAAAGUCCCUCGAAAAUACGCUAUGUUGGGGAAAUAUCCCAAGGAGUUUUUCACCAGAAAAGGAGAACUGCGGCACAUCACCAAGCUGAAGCCCUGGAGCCUCUUUGAUGUACUUGUGGAAAAGUACGGCUGGCCCCACGAAGAUGCUGCGCAAUUUACAGAUUUCCUGAUCCCAAUGUUAGAGAUGGUUCCAGAAAAACGAGCCUCAGCUGGUGAAUGCCUUCGACAUCCUUGGUUGAAUUCUUAGCAGAUUCUACAAAUAUAGCAUUCUGAGCUAGCAAAUUUCUCCCAGUACAUUGGACCUACGCAGUGCUCUCGUUCUUUAACAGGAUUACCAGUGAGCUGGCUCCCCUCAGACCUUUGUUGAGCUUUGAGGUACUGUUGUUUGACACUUUGCUUCCUGUGCACCACGGUCCUGGGGAAGGCUGCUCUUUGUCUUCAGCUAAGUAGUUUGCUGGCCGUUUUCUUCUGGAAACAAUAACAUGUCUCUAAGCAUUGUUUCUUGUGUUGUGUGGCAUUCAAAUGUCAUUUUUUUUUUUUUGAACGAAAAAUACUUUCCCCUUUAUGUUUUGACAGGUUCUGUAACUAUUUAUGAAGACAUAUUUUAGCUGAGUACUAUAUAAUUUACAAUCUUAAGAAAUUAUCAGUGGGAACCAAGAAAGAGCAAGGAAAUGUACAAUUUCAUCUUCUGGCAAAGGGAAAUCAUUCCUGUAUUAUAAUAGUGUAUGUAACUAUUACUUUGCAUAAAUAGGGGAUGAGGAUUCACAUUCAGAAAAGCUACCCAGUCCUGAGCGCUUUUUGGCCUACAUUGCAUGUUGCAGAUUUCCACUGCUUCAAGAAGUUGCAUAAACUUUUCAUUCCAUAACAACCCAAGUGGUUCUGGAUUAGGUGCCAUGCCCUCUGUGGCACUUUAAAGAGAGAAAAACUUUAAAAAUUUGACACUAUAAUCUAGCAGUUCCAUUUGUAUUUUGCAUAUUUUUAAGCUAUGUUUAAAGUAUCAGUCAUUUCCACUUAAAAUGCGAUGGCCCAAUCCCCUGUAGCAUCACCUCUCACCAGCACUGUAAGUUAAUACAUAGAUUAAAUUGGACAAGAGAAAUAUGUUCAGUGUGUGGAAUGAAAAAAAUAUCUUUGGAAAAGCAUGAUGGUGUUUGUUUAAAACACAAGGUGUGGCUAUACAGUUUGUAACGCAGUGGACAGAACACUCCUCACAGCUUAAAGGUAACAGCGACCAUGUCCACGCCGUAGGCAGCUUCCCUUGCUCUAGCAUCUCCCCUUGCCUUUUCCUUACCUCCCUAGAAUGAGAAAUUCAUAUCCCCUUUGCAGACCGCAUACAGUUUUAGUUUAUGCAUUUCCUUAAAAUUAACUGUAGAAUUCAGGAUACAAACCAUUAGUAGGCAAUACUAUAUUAGAAUGUAACAUAGGAGGUGUAUUUAGCCUCUUCUAGAAGUCAGUGGGUUGAAUGUCUUUUUUUGAAAAAUUUUUAUUCAUUAAGGUGCCUCGUUUUUUCUUGACUUUGUCCAUUAACAUUUAUUCAUACGCCUUUGCAAUAAUUAGAUUGUGAAAAGCUAACAAGUGUUGUAACAAUAAGCCUUUGUUUGGGGUGCUUGCACUUGUCUUAAAAAUUAAAGUGUUUUGGGGUGUUUUUCCAGACAUUGCCUUGCUUAUUGCCCUGUAUUUGAAGAGACAGAAUUAACAUACAUUUGCUCUCAGUAGAGUGUCAGCAAAGCUAAAGGAGGUGCAAAUUGUCACAGAACAUACAUUAAGGCAGAAUGGAUUCAUGAACGAGGCUUUAGUUAUAGCUUCAUUAUCUACAAUGUGGGUGUUCCCUUUUUCUAAUCAGUGUUUCAUCAUAAGUGCAAUGGUUUCCUCCCCCGUCCCUGCCAAUCUUUCCCUGUGUGAACAAGACACAUAAUCCUUCUUAGGGCUUAACAUUAUUAUAUCAUACACUGUCGUGAGAUAGAAGAUGUCACUCAUUCACAAACUAUGCAUGCUGGGUUUUUACAAUGGGGCUGUGCAUUUCCUUAUAGAGCCUAUGACAGAUGGUGGCUGUUAAGUCAUGAUUUCUAUAGAAACAUUCCUAUAAGAACCACAGAGUGUGUUUAUGUUUUCCCUACCUCUGAAAGAACUUUUACCAUUUGAAUGAAAUUUGUCUAAUGAGGUUAGAAAUGUCAAGUUGGAAAAGGAAGCUAGAAUAUUAAUCUUAAGGUGGUUCUUCUAUUAAUACCCUAGCGAGUUUAUGGUGUACCAAGGAGUUCUAGCAUACACUUUUGUGAUUGGGUACCAUAUGGCUAUAUCCUAAUCUUGGUAGCAUGAUGAUAAAGAAUAAAUGUAAAGGUUGGGUGUGGUGGUGUACUCCUUUAAUCUCAGCACUUGGGAGGCAGAGGCAGGCAGAUCUCAGAGGCCAGCCUGGUCUCCAUAAACUCCAGGCCACUCAAGGUUAUAUAGUGAGAUUCUGUAUGGAAAACCUAGGAAGAAAAGAAUAAAAGCUUAAAGUGAACCAUUGGUUAUUUGGAACAUUAUAGCCAACUCAGUCUUUUUAGUGAAAAGACCCUAUGAAAUCUUCAUGGAAAGGUACAAGCAGUGGGCCUCACAUGUGACUUUAGCAGAUUCAGGAAUAGCUAAUCUAAAAAAUGGCAGAACCGUCCAGAGAAAAAGAAUUAGGGAGUUUAAAAGAAGUCUACCUUUUAGGCAAGAUAUGCUUGUUUUUCCAUAUUCCCUGCACCAUGCAUAACUUAACAGGUAUGAGUUUAAAAAAACUUUCAUUGGAAUAGAAAACAGGUUUGGAUUACUUUUCUUUUCUUCUUGUUUUGUGAGGCAAGGACUCGGAGAUCUGCCUACCUAGGGAUACCACCCCCCACACCCCCACACACAUAAUCUCUCUCUCUCUGAAUUAAAAGUUUGUUGAGUGUGUCCAUUAAAGAUUAUAUUUAGUUGAAGUCUUUCAGUUUGCAGAAGAGCUUUCAUUAUGAAUUACUUACAUAGCUGGCUAAGUUAAGUCUGUGAACAAGUGAUUUUAAGGAUGAAUAUUGUCAUUUCUUUGGUCUGUCUGAAAUUGUCAUGGAGGGACACAAUGUGAACCUGUCAGUUUUCAGACUCAGGUUUCUUUGGUAAGCAUCCUAAGGAGAACAUGGGCAAGGUGACUGGUGUUCUUCAGAAACUUGCAGUCACUGGUUUUCUCGAAUACCAUCAGAGUUCAUUUUCAAAUGGGAAUUAAAUGAUAAAACAUGAUUUAAGUCACUACCAAAUCUAAUUUCUUGAGUUUGCUGUUUUUCCUGAUGCACAAAAUUUAUAUACUGGGCCCAGUUAUGUCACAUGUUUGGAAGGUGGUAAAUAGGGCCACUCCUGAGAGGUAGACAGCAGAAGCUGGUAAUU